AUGCCAAUAUUUGAGGUUGCCUACUACAGUAGAUUGUACUGGAUAAACCAUGCGAGUGACUUAAUCUUGCAAGCUUUUCUGGGAAUAGGAGACCUUGAUCAAAAUAAAGCUGAUGCUCUGAAAGUAGAAGAUUCAAAAUCUUCCCUUAAGUGCAUUAUUAAUUUUUUUUUAAUGUUUGCGGUGAAAGAAGAGAAUGUAUACCUGGGAGCCCACGGAGCUCCUCCUUUAGAAUCAAAACAACAAGAGAUGAAGUCUUCAAGCCAUAAGCAAAGGUUCAAGCAGAAACUGAAGGAAGCAGAUCAGAGAUAUAGUGGGAUUGGAUGA